AUGCAGGUCAACUCGCUCCUCCGCUACUCGCGUGCAUGCCCGUUCCUCGGUCGCUCCAGCGCCACGAGCCUCAACGCUCUCGCCCAGGUCGGCGGCAGCAACGGCCGCGCCUCGGCCCUCACUCUCAAGGCCGGCGAGUGCCCCAUGCUUGGCCCUCAGCUCCGCCGUGGCUACGCCUCCGUCGCUGGCAACCGUGAGGUCGAGGAGAUCCACAAGAAGAAGGACAUUGCCUUUGACGCCGUUGGAACCACUGCCGACAAGUGCCCGCACGCCACCGCUGCGCGUGCGGCUGCGGCGGCGACCCAGCGCGCCGCCGACAAGGCUCAGGUUGCGCCUACGCCUGAGCGCGCCGCCGGCACGUUCAACUACGAGCAGUUCUACCAAGCUGAGCUCGAGAAGAAGCACAAGGACAAAUCGUACCGCUACUUCAACAACAUUAACCGCAUGGCGGCCAAGUUCCCUGUCGCGCACACUGCCGACCCCAAGGUCCAAGUUGACGUGUGGUGCGCCAACGACUACCUCGGAAUGGGCAAGAACCCGGUCGUGCUCGAUACAAUGAAGCGGACGCUCAACAAGUAUGGUGCUGGUGCGGGCGGCACCCGCAACAUUGCGGGCAACGGUGCGCUGCACCUCGCGCUCGAGGACGAGCUCGCAUCGCUCCACCGCAAGCAGGCGGCACUCGUCUUUUCGUCGUGCUACGUCGCCAACGACGCAUGCCUUGCCACCAUUGGCGCCAAGCUCCCUGGCUGUAUCAUCUUCUCCGACUCGCUCAACCACGCCUCGAUGAUCCAGGGCGUGCGCCAUUCGAACGCCAAGAAGGUCAUCUGGAAGCACAACGACAUGGCCGACCUCGAGGCCAAGCUCCAGCAGGUCCCCAAGGACACGCCCAAGAUCAUCGCCUUCGAGUCUGUUUACUCGAUGUGCGGCUCAGUCGCGCCCAUUGAGGCCAUCUGCGACCUCGCCGAGAAGUACGGCGCCAUCACAUUCCUCGACGAGGUCCACGCUGUCGGCAUGUACGGUCCUUCGGGUGCCGGUGUCGCCGAGCACCUCGACUUUGCCGCUCACUACGCUACGCGCGAGUCUAGCAGCCCAGUCCCCCGCUCGGUCCAGGACCGCAUUGACAUCAUCACUGGCACUCUCGGCAAGGCGUACGGCGUUGUCGGCGGCUACAUUGCCGGCUCGUCUGACUUUGUCGACGUUGUGCGCUCGUACGCCCCGGGCUUCAUCUUCACGACCUCGCUCCCGCCAGCCGUGGUCGCGGGCGCCCAAGUCUCUAUUGCCUACCAGAAGGAGACCAUGAGCGACCGCCGCCUGCAGCAGCUCAACACCCGCACGGUCAAGGGCCGCUUCGCUGACCUCGGCAUCCCCGUCGUCCCCAACCCGUCGCACAUUGUGCCCGUCCUCGUUGGCGACGCUGCCCUUGCCAAGCAGGCCUCGGACAUGCUCCUGUCCAAGCACCACAUCUAUGUCCAGAGCAUCAACUACCCGACAGUCCCCGUCGGCGAGGAGCGCCUCCGCAUCACCCCCACGCCCGGCCACACGGCCGAGCAGGUCGAGCACCUUAUCGCUUCGGUUGACAGCGUCUUCAACGAGCUCCACCUCAAGCGCCAGUCUGACUGGGUUGCGGCUGGUGGCCGCGCUGGUGUCGGUGCGCCCAACGCCGUGCCCAUUAAGCCCAUCUGGUCCGACGCCGAGCUCGGCCUCCAGGACGGCACUGCGCCUGUCCAGCUCGCCGAGGGCCGCCAGAGCACUGUCACCGACUCUGCCGUCGAGGUCGCCAACAAGCGCCUCACGCACCUCCUUGACGUCGGCCCGCGUCUCGGCUCCACUGAGGCGUCGGCGUAA